CUCUUCCUUUUUUAUGUUGCAGCCUAUGGCAUGUAUGGCUGGACUGAACAUCUUCAUCAGUCACGUGGUACUGGCUUGCCUAUGUGAGGUCAUAGUUCAGCUUGCGCUCACAGGGGUACCACAGAAGUUGAGCAGCUCAGAGCUCAAGCGACCCGCAAGUGAAACAGUUCCAGAGGAAGAGUCUAAAGCACCAUCUAGUGGAAGACCACGGAAUUCAGGUUCUGAUUCUCUGCUGGGUGACAGUUGUGGAAGUGGUAACGGUAGCAGCCCCACUCCUCGAGAAUCCCAGUCCGAGCACACUGGAGCCUCAAACAGUAGUGAGGAAAGGCAAGAUCGGGACAGUAAAGAGAAAGAGUCCAAUACCAAACCCUGGGACAAAGACGCCCAGAAACCCCGCGGAAGGGACCGGGAAGUGAGCAAGAGAAAGCGGGACCGGGACGACAGACAGCCGUCGGGGGAACGGAAAGGUGGGCUGAGGAACGCAACUGGAGACAUGAAAGUCUCGAGCACUGGACAAACUAACGGAAAUAAUCCUGAAUGGCCCUCCGAGAUAAAAGGAUAUGACGUCAAGAGUACGUGUCGGUUGGAGUAUCAAACGAGUCUAUCAGCCGAAGCAGAAGGCAACUUUGGCUCUCUAAGAUUUUCGGACCGUUCUUCAUCUGACGAGUCUCAGAACAUUGAGGACACUGAGUGGCGACCUCCGGAUGACGUGGAACCUGAUCCGUGCCGCGUUGCCUCUAACAGUCGUUUUGGCAAGCGAACAUCUUUUCACAGACAGAAACAGUCGUCUGCUUCUCAUAAAACGACAGAAUAUGCCGACGGAGAAGACAACGAUGAGAAGUUGGAGAAGAAAGCAGAUGAAGAGCAUGAAGAGGAGGAAAAUAUAAUUAUUGGUCCAAACUUUCAUCCACAGGCUGGUGACAGUUUUGACAAAUAUCUUGAAGCAUUUAAACAAUGUAACAAUGAGAGUGACAGUAACCUUUCUCCAUCAAAAAAGGAGAAAGAUUGUUCUUCAGGAGAAGGUCUGGGAGACUGCUGUCUCAAUUUGUUUUCUCCCAAUUGUCGGGGCCCUAAAAUGACAACCAGACUAAAUGUUCGCAAUUCUCUCAAUUCGGCCUCAUGUGGAGCAAUCCUAGAGAGUGGACCCCAUGAUGAGUCGUUCAACCACCCGUCUGAGUUUGCUGUAGAGGAUCCCGUGGGUUAUCAAGCUGUCAAUAAUCCACAGGGACCUGCAUCGUCACAGGAAUCUGUAUCACAGUCUUCUACGUCACAUUUCCCCAAGUCACCGCCGUUAGAGUCACAGUCAACAUCAAGUCAAGAGCCAGAACUGCAAGGCACAUUUUUAAUGUCAGGUAAGCAGGCUUGUCGAAAGAAAUCGGUGAAAGAAAACGACGGCAGUGAUCAUUCGAGCGAUGAGAACGAUGAAGACCCCAAGGAAAGAAACAGAACAUAUCGAGCUUAUGGCAAGUAUGGGGACCCUUCGUCACCCAUAGCGUCCUCUGGCCGACAGCAAAAUAACAGCCCCAUGAGCUCUGAUCAGCAGCAUAAUUUUCAAUGUGCGAGCCUUGACGAAACCUACGCUCAGCCUGCACUGGUGCCAGGUCUUUGUCACAACGAUGAGGCCUCUGAGACUGAAUUGUCAAAGUCUCCUGAACACAAUUUCGAUAUCACCACACUGUCCACACAAGAAACAAGUAGCACGGAAUCUGACAGUCAUAACGAGCCAGAAACAGAGCAGUGCGCAGAGGUAGAGGUGUUUGUUAUGCAAGAUAUGGUAACCUCCCCUCUCAACAAUCUCAGUCCAGGGAGCGACUCCUUUCAUUCUGGUGCUUCAGCAUUUGUGACCGUCCCCAGUGACCCAGAAUCAGAAAAUGGCCAGCCUUGUGUCCAAGGAUACCAUCCCAGUAACUCAGACCAGGAGUUGACCUCAUACAGGUCAGCAGUCGAAGGUAGUUGUAGUAUUGUACCGGACGUAUUCACAAACGUACCAGGAGAUAUCGAGCCACCUUUCAAAGAGGCAUGCAAAGACCACCUAACUGGCGUUUCUCAUCGAUCAACAGAGAGCCCAGAUCAUAGAAAGAAAACACAGGCAAGAAUACAAGCAAAUUCAGAUGCUGAAACCGAACCAGUCGACAUUGUAAACGUCAGUGGUGUACCCGGGGGUCGAUACAACUUCCAGAAUGCUGAGGAAAAGAAAGUGGAAGAAGAAAGCCUGAAAACGCCAGAGGAACACUUGUACACAGGUGAGCCAGUACAAAAUGGGGAAGACGUGAAGAUGUCUGCUUCUUCUCAAACUGUACCAGAAAUCAACUGCUUCUCACAAGUAGACAUUUCUGGGCACGAGACAAGGGAGAAUAAGAUUGAAAGUGAACAACAAAACCCGGCUGUCUUUGACACAGGAGAAGAAGGUGAUGUUGAACAUUUGAAAAAUUUCAAAGAAGAAAAAAAAGAAAGACGACAACGUAGUGCAAUGUUGAGUGAGAGUGGUUGUGGUGAACAUAUCGUGGCCACGAGUUCCAAGAAAGAGCUGGAGCAUUACACCAUUGGGACUGAGGAGCUCAGAGUGCCAGCAGAAACUGUUACACAGAUGGAAGUACAGGCUAUUGGAAGAAACGUUGUUGCCACUGAGAAGGAGUGUAAAACACAAGAUGACGUAACCUCCAAGGAAAAGGAAAUGUCUACACUUGAAAGAUCAGAAUCAGAACAUGAGAAAUGGAUCAUUAUUAAAGAUGAGAAAUCGGCAACUAACAUUCAAUUGUCACAAGAGGAAAAACAGUCAACUGAGCUUAUUACGGCAACCGUAACCGCAGACCCCAUUUUUGAACCUCAAGGAAAGCAAAGCGAAAGACAUAUGUCAGAAAAUGUGUCUCCAAUAAUUCAAAAAGACCACUCUCAAGCAGCAUGCGAGUGCACAGACGAAUUAUCAGGACGUCAAGAUAUAUUAUUGAAUGGUGGAAUCCAAGAAAAGUCGCCAGAAACUGAGAUCACAGUGGCAACACCCAAAGAAACGUCGAAACUGAUCGUCAGACUAAAGGCAGAAAAAAAGGAUGAAUAUGGAUUACAGAAGUCAGAAAGGAUUGAGGUUAGGUCUUGCUCAUCUCCAGUGGAAAUGUAUUGUUUCAACGAAGAUAGAAUCCUCUGCAAAGUGGCGAAUUCUGACUCCUCGUUAUCAAGCUGUGGCGAAAGGGAUAAAUCAUCUUACGUGGAUUUCGCUGAUUUUGUGAGUGGAGAAAAUAUUUUUUUCAGAGAGGAAGGAUUGAUAGAAUCUAAUAAAACACAAUCGUCCCCUGUGGAUUUAUAUACCUCUGAUGACCGUAUACAUUUUACAAUAACACAAACCUCGGAAUUUAGCAGCUUUGAAGAAAAGACGAGUGCAUCGCCUAUCGACACUUACUGCUCUAAAAAUGAUUUGAAGGUGCACAAAAUGGAACAUUUCAAAUCUUCGACAGAAAGUAAAAAGGAAGAAAGCUUAGUCAAUGCUACGGUUGGGGAAAGAGAGAGGCCAUUCCUUGAUAACGAAGAAGGUACAAGGUCGAGUGGUGUGGAAUACACGGAAACAGGCAACAUUCCCAUACUGGGACAGAAGUUAAUCAAUAAACCAAACGAGAAUCGUCCUUCUCAAACAAACAUUUAUCUCGAAGAUGAUUUUUCAGAUGACAGCAGUUGCUCAUGGAAAGAAAAGAACAUAAAGUUAGACAAGCAAAUCCCAGACGAAUGUAAGUUAAUAGAAAGAACAUGUGCAUCGCCGUUAGAUGAUUAUAUUUACGAUAAUGAGAAUGCCUGUGAAGUUGUUAAUUCUACUUCUACUAUUGAACGCUUUGGCGAAAAGGACAGAUCAUCACUAGGGGAAAUUGGGGAUCAUGCGGAUGAAAGUACAUUCACCAUAGGAGAGGAAGAAGGCAAACCUGUGGACGAAACUCUGUCGUCUCCAGUUCACGUUUAUUUUUCGAAUGACAAUAUUCUAUGUGAAGGGCACAGAAUAGUUUCUAGGGGCUUGAUCGAGCCUUCGACAAACCAAAUUUACCCUCCAGAGACAGGCGUGCUGGGGGAAUUAAUCAAGAGUCAAUCUUCCCCUGUGGAUCCAUAUCAAAGCAAGGACAUAUAUAGUGCAGCAAAGUGUCUAAGGGGACAAGAAGACACAUAUGCAGCCAUUGAAGAAGUUUGCCCAGAAAAGCACGGGUUUGAAUCAAUAACGAGUGUGCCGUCGAUGGAUAGCUAUAUGUACAGGAAUGAUUACCCUUGUAAAGGGGAUGAUUCUAAUUCUAUGAUGGGAUGUUCUGGUGAAAAUGGCAGGUUAUCACACGGGAGUCCGGUUGCUACUGUGAGAGACGAAGUAAUUCUUUAUGGAGAAGAGGGACAAAGAAAUGUUAACGGGACUCUUACGUCCCCAGUAGAAGCAUUCCUCGAUUACAGAGUAGACCAAGGAAAAGACAGAAAAUCUGAUGCCCAAAGCACUAAAAUCGGAAACAACCUUGCUGAAAGUUCGGUAAGUACUACUGAGAGCAACCAAGGAAGUUAUUCUGAAAAAGAUUUCGAAACGGAUGAGCCAUCAAAAGCCCAAGACAAGGAUCAAGAAAAUGAAAACACUAAACAGGUUUCUAAAAGUGAACUAAAGGCAAGAGAACUUGCUGGAAGUGAACGUUUCAAUAUAUUUUCUACUCCCCCAGAUCUUCCUUUUGAGAAUGGAAGCACAGGUAAGGGUGAAACGAAGAGCUGUGAGACGAACUGGUAUAAGCCAACAGCAAAAGCGCCAGAUUCCCCAGACAUUAGCAGAGUAAUCAUGCAAACCUCCACAAUUAAUACAGAAAAAGGAAAUAUUGAAAGUAGCAAAAAAUCAGUAAACUCUGUCAGUGUGGAAGGAAAACUAGAUAACGAACCAUCUAAUCUUAACACUGAUGAUUUCGAUGCGUUGGAAGAGUUUUCUCUGAGUAGUCACGGAUACCGUGGCUACAUUGGCAGUUGGGCUGAUGAAAGCCCUGAUCCAGCUCUGGACGAUGACGACAGCUUUGUCAUAGAUGGACAAUAUUCAGCCCAGGAGGUGAAUGACUCUAGCACCACAGAACCGGAAAGCGGCUGCAAAGCUACAGGGUUUGAAUCAUCAGGAAGAAAAGGUGAAUCAUUACUAAGAACUGAGGUUGCCCAAGAGGAGUAUAUUGAAAUUAAGGACUCCAGCCUAAAGAAUAUAACACAUGUUCCGGUUCUCAGCGUGGAGGUAACUAGGGAAUUUCCUCGUAACAAUGGCGAAAGUUGGUGUACAAAAAUUGAAGAAAACCCUAUCGAGGAUAUGUUACCAAACACUAGUCCACCUAUAGAAUGCUUAGAAUUAACAGGUGCAGGAGACAAAGUGAACAAAGAAGAAGAGCCCAUAGAGGCAUCGGAGCAACGGGAAUUUUCUCAAAAGGGGAAACAUUAUAUUCUACCGAAAGAUGAGUUUGAGGAGAAUGUCAAAUCUUUGGAGGUUUUAAGGAAAUAUGUUCAGGGGAAUAAAGAAAGAAAAGAUGAAGCAAUUCGAAAGGUAGACGUAAAUGAUACUGAUUGCCACGAGCCUUUGUGCUGUUCAUCAAAAUCCCUUGGGAUCUACGAAAAUCCGUCCGGCACACCAGUCGAACAGAAACAGUUUGACUUAGGGAACCAAACAGAAGAGGGUGGUGCUGAGAAGACAUUCAACAGUGAUGAGAGGGAACGAGAACCUAUGUCAGACACAUCUGAAGACAGGGACCAUACCCAAGAAGUCAAUACAAUAAGAGAAGAAAUAGUACUUCAACCUACCCUAAUUGAUGACUCUGAGAACCGAUACAGCCAGCCGCAGAACGAAGGAGAUCUAUCGCUUUGGACGACUGACCCCGAAAAUUCCCUUAAUUCAAAAAGAGAAACUCAGACGAAAGACUCUACUUUGUGUCAUGAAGAAUGGGCAAAGAAUCCUGUUUGUGAAAGUUCAAUAGAGGAUUAUGCUGCUGAAUGGGAAUUUUUAGAACCUUCACCGGAGCAUAAUCCUCAAGUUAGGAAUGAGUUAGAUUCUCAAUGGAUUCUCAAUUCUGGAGGACGGCUAGAGGCGGGGUCUGUCGUCCCUGACAGACUAAACAACGAAUACUGGAGUGAGUUUGGCUACUGGAAACCGGAGCUGAUUGGUGAUAUGGAGCUAGUAGAAGGGGCAGUGGCAUCGGAGUAUAACGAUGCAGAGUUGUCUCCUUCUCCUACGCCAUUCGGGGGACAAGCCUAUGCUACAGACUUUCGUGAGUCGAGCCCUCCUGUGAUUGACUUCAUGCACGUAACCUGCGCAACAACCAAGAGUAUCAGCGGCGAUAUGGAUGUUUUGGAAGACUCUGAUAAAGACACGAAUAAAAUUGUGCAUGCCCAGUACAUGCCCAGAGAAGCAAGUCCCUUGGUGGAGAUGCCCUCUCUCAUUUCAGAAGAAAAUGAUACUCCAGGUAUUUCGGGAGAGUAUUCUCAAAUUCAAUUCCAAGGUGGGACAGCCAUGGCGCAGAUAAGCACAUCUCAGUCAGAGAAGCCUGACUACGGUGGAGCGAGACCGAAAAUACGAAGUCUCACGACAGCGAAGGCUCACGGUGGUAAAUCACGACAUCAUGAGAGCAAAAGGAAGACUUCUAGUGGAGUCUCUCAAAAUGAGGAACUUGGAACUCCCUGUGUGGAAUAUUUUGGCACACCUUCUGAAGAAAAUAUAGGAGUUCUGGGUGGACUUGAGAUAGAUAUUCACAAUUCAGUGAUACCAACUCAGGAGGGAGAUCAAAGAAAUGGGUCUCCUAUUUGUUGGGCAUUGAAAGACGCUCGGGUGGAAAAUUUGACCCACGACUUAGAAACCAACAUUGGCACAGAGACCGAGGGAAAUGAGAACGAAGGCGAAGUGACGGAUAUUAUUUCUACCGAACAAAUUCACGAUGCUGACACGAUUGUGGCUGUACCUUUCGACGGAGCGGAGGGGAACGAAGACCUAUGUAUUGGCGACGACGAGGACAACGCAAUUUUGGGAGAAAAAAGUUUCGUGAAUCUGCGUCCAACUCGGAGUAGCCCAGCCCCUCUCAGUUCUCGACGAAUCAGAGUGGUAGAUGUAGAAGACUUCCCUGCAGACUUACCGUGCAUUUACUACCCAGAUGGUGAAAGGGCAGGCCAAAUGGUUGAAAGUUUCUUAACAGUUGAUAAUACUGUCGAAGCACAAUGUACAGGCGAACACCAGACAAUGAAUCACCUCCCGGGAACAGAUCCACGGAAGACUGGUUUAUGGAGAAAAAUGAAAAAGUGCCUGGCUCCGCAAGCACUAAAUCGAAGACGAGCUCGGAUGCGGCAACCUAAAAGCCACAAAAAAGAUGUCCUUACACUUCCUGGUUCCUUAAUGGAUGCUUGUCAGAAAAAAGUUCCUGUGACAGCCUGGCAGCGCCUCGGCCCCUCCCCAAGACCUGCACGUCCCACCUGGAGGGGGUCGACAAAGCGCAAUCAUGGUUUGGGCAAACUAAGGAGACUCCAUGUGUUCCGACAGAGUGCAGAGACUAUUAGUGGCCCAGCGCCGGCGAUGAGGAAGCAUCGCAUGGGAGGUGGGGGAAACGUCCUGCGUAUGACAGCAGAGACCAACGCCCAGCGGUCUCCGCCUACCACGGCCGGGGCCAGCAGGAAGAGGAAGAAGAACAGGAAGAGCUCUGAUUCAGCACUUGUGGAGAAUGUGCAAGAUCUUCCUAUCCUAGGUCCCGCAGAACAGGCAGAUGACCCGAUGCACGGUGUGUUUGAGGUCUAUUGCGAUGACAUCUCCACAGGCAGUUCCCCACCGCGGGUGUCGCGCACACCAACAGGCACACUGCGGAGCAACGUGUCCGCCUCCAAGACUUACAGGCAGCUGUUCCAGGGCGAGGACUCCCAGCAUCCCCGCUCGUCAGCCAAACGAUGGCUUUGUCGUCUGAUGUGACUGACGGGCAGACAAAGGCCCAACGUUUCCGUGUUCGAGGCGCACCGGUUGUGAUUUGGCUUAUGUCGUCGAAAAAAAUAUCGGAGUUUUGUGUCAUGAGGUCAUGAUGUGACGCUCAACUGAAUCAGAGCUUUGUUGAUUGUUCAGGAUUGAAAAAUAAUAGCUAGUUUUAAUAGAAUUUCAAUGUUGCUUGAAGUCAGGGAACGAAUUUCGAUUUCAGGAAAUCUAAUCACAUGCGCACGUCAUGUAAGGGAUGGUGCAGCCAGACAACCACCUAAACCAUUCAACUUUCAUCGAAAAUUUCGGCCACUUAGGGACCUGAAUGAUUGUGCUAAUUUGAAGUCUCUUUUCUGAUUCCUCUGAAAAUUAAUGUGUUUUCUGUGACAGUAUUCACCAAAGACACCCCCCACCCCGAAGGGAUGCACGGUCAGGAUCAGGGAAAUUGUGCCCCGGGGGGUAAAAGUUUUAAUGCUGACCAUUGCCCUUACCUCGGGCUGGGCCACUUUUUUCAGCUAGACAUCUGAAUAUUUCCUUCCAUCUCUCUCAGUUUUAUUCAGUUUCAUCAUUGACUUUCCUCUUUAAUGUACUUUUUUAAAAUGCAACCUAUCCCUUUAUCACCCUUUUUUCUAUUUGCUGAGAAUCACUUCCCACUUACCGCAAACUGAACGUACAUGUAUGUCUUAAUAAUGAAACAAAACAAAAGACAUUGAAAAAACAACCCUAACAACCCUUUUCCCCGCAGAACACUAACACCAUUAUUGCCCAAGAUCAUUGGAUAUGGAAGGCCUGCAUCACCACCCUCUACAAUCACCUCUGUAGUUAAGUUAUUCAGUUAAAUUCAUCACUACCAGAUGUCCAACAUUGUGGGAAAAAUGGGCUGUCGAGAACCUCUGAUAUUCAUGUUUUGCCCCUAAUGUUUCAUCCAUCAGAACCUUUUGUUUUAAAGGCAAUGCAUUACCAAUGAACUCGACGUUUAUAAUGAAUGAAAGUUUGAAUAAAAUAUUAAAAUUGC